AUGUCUACACAGGCUGCCUCUCCAGCAUAUGGCGGCAGAGGCCCUCUGCUUCUGGGCGUGUCGUGGGCCGAGGCCGCCGUUGCGCUCAUCUUGAUCGCGUUGCGAGCCAAGACAGCAUCUCUCUGCCCGCCGGGCCAUUUGCUUUCGACUGGUAUCUUCGGUCUGCGGUGGGACUUCUGCUGGGUCAUUUUUGCGCUGGCCUUGGCACUCUCCGCCCAAGUCCUCAUGACCGUCAGUGCUCGCUUCGGCCUUGGCAAUCACGAAGGUCUCCUUUCCGAUGCCGACAUCGUUCAGACAAACUUUUGGAGCUGGAUGGCCCAAGUGCUCGCCAUUCUUGCCAUGGCAGUGGGCAGGAUCGCCGUCAUAGCCUUCCUCAUCACGCUCCAAGCCCGGACAAACGUCACGGGCCGCUGGGUACUGUAUCUCGUCGGCGCCGCGCAAGGUCUGAUAAAUCUGGGAGAAGUCGUCUUGAUUUUGCGGCAGUGCGAUCCUAUACAGAAGCUCUGGGAUCACAACGUGCCGGGUACUUGCGACCUGGUGCUUGUCUGCUCGCAAGUCGGAUUUGCCCAAGGGAGUAUCGGUGCGGCAGCCGACGUCUUUCUUGCCUUUUAUCCCAUAUACAUAAUCGGAUCACUCCAGCACAUGAAGCUCAGUUUAAAGAUUGGCCUUUGCCUCAUCAUGGGCGGCGGCGUGAUAGCGGGAGUUGCAGGCAUCAACAAAACCGUCGCCAUCGCUACCAUCACGCAGACCCAGGACAUCACCUACGCCAUCGCCAAACUCAACACCUGGGUCCUGACCGAGAUGUGGUUCAUCAUCAUCUUUGGGUCCAUUCCCGUGCUGCGGCCAUUUUUCGUCCGCUUCUCGCAGAGCAUAAAAGGCACCACAGGGAGCGCUUGCUCCAGGGACAGGACCGGCCGCUCCACAAAGACGAGCCGGAGCCGCGAGCAGGAUGACUCGUGGAUGCAGCUCUACGACAGGCCCGCCGCCUUCCGCGUUUGCCGCGACCCCUCUGUAACAAGUCGAGAGACUGACGACCACGCCGGGACAGGGGACGAGCAGUGUCUGACGAACAGAGGGUCAGGGGGCGUCAUUGUCGUGACCAAGGACGUUUCCGUCGUGAGCGAGCGCUGCCCCUGA